UUGUUUAGUACUAGUGCACCGCAUAAAUAAAGAGCCUGAAGUAGAAAUCCUAGUAAUAAACCAGUACAGGGAUGUCACAGCACACCAUCUGCCGGCCGCGUUGGCUGUGAUGAGGCGGGCCGCACGAAGACAGGAGAUCCGCGAGGCCCACCUAGCUGUCCAGAAUGAGGCCCAGAAGACAAAGACCAAGACCCAAGCUGCGAUGGGCGUGCACGACAAGUAGCAGGCUCGCCAUCGAGGAAAGGCAUCGGAUAAGAAUCAAUCAAUUGUACCGAGCUGUGCUCGGUCUCCUUCCCCUUUCUCUGAUGAACUAGCAAGUUCAUCUGAGUUCUCUCCUCCUAGCGUGACGCUGGGGAUUGUACUUGACUGAAUCUGCUACUCCAUGUAUCAUGUGAGAGAUCUAGUGUGACAUAUGGUAUCAAAGCCAUCGUCCUGCGACACGCUUCCACUCUAAUUCCCCACAAAAUCCCCCCACAAAAAAAUCCCCAGUAGUUCGAUUUGGGCUUGAUUUGGCUCAGAUCUGGAAACCCUGGUCAUCCACGAACCAGAAAUCAGCGGCGAUUGAGGCGGCGUUGGGGGCGGAGGAGCAGUUGCUCACAGUGUCAAAUCCUGGCUCGACGGUGAGCUUGUGCGCUACGGGUGGCGGGUGCGGUCGGCGGCGGUUGACCCUUGCUCCGGGUGCGGCGGUGUGGAGGCAAGCAAGCGCAGCAACCAUGGAGAAGGACCUCGCCGAGCUCAAGACCCAGGGCGCUCUCGUGGCAGAAUCACUCAAGGCCAUGAACGAGACCCUGCGUGGUUUGUCGGCGUGGAUGCCGCAAGUGGACACCUCAAUCACGGCCAUCCAAAAGUCCAUCGACGCGGUGGCGAGCCGUGUCACAGCACUGGAGGCGGUGCGAUCUCCUGAUGAUGAUCAAAUGCCUCGGCCCAAUGGGCAUCACCAGCGAAACAACACCCAGGGUCCUGAUUCGGAUGUCAUUCGUGCACCGUUUCACGCCCUGGUCAAGGGUCAUCUACAGAUGUACAGGUAUUCUCCGUUCAUGGUUACCUCUUCAGCGGGCGGAGAAUCGAGACCUAUUUACGGAGGUCUGUACACGGUUGGAGGCUACGGCGAGGGAUACUUUUUCCCUACAUGGGUGGCAGCAUAGUCUACGGAUUGCAGCUCCACCCUCUCCUUAGGCGUUCUACAGUUCAUCGUCUCGAGAUGUAUUUCGCCUUUUUAUGUUUUGUUCGUUCUGGAGACUUGAACAGCUGUGUGCAUCCUGGUUAUGCAGAGGCUGGAUGUAAUUGCUUUCCACAAAGUAAUAAAGCAUCCUUUAUCGAAAAAAAAGAUAGAGAUAAGGUAUUCAUCAGCA